AUGACCAAUGCCAAAAGCUCUGCCACACCAUUUCAUACUUCCACUGAUGCUGCUUCAGCUGCUUUUGAAGAUCAUGUUCUCUACAGAAGCACAGUUGGUGCUCUUCAGUAUGCCACCAUUACAAGACCAGAUAUUGCAUUUGUUGUUAACAAGGCUUGUCAAAAGAUGCAACAUCCUUUUAUUGCAGACUGGACAGCUGUUAAAAGAAUUUUGAGAUACCUACUUGGUACACUAUCUUAUGGCUUACAGUUUAAAAGAGCUACUUCUCUACAGUUGCAGGUCUACUCUGAUGCUGAUUGGGCAGGUGACAUCACUGACAGAAGAUCUACCAGUGGUUUAGCAAUCUUUCUUGGACCUAAUAUAAUUUCAUGGUGUUCUAGAAAACAAAAGACAGUCUCCAGAUCAAGUACUGAGGCAGAAUAUCGUGCCUUAGUUGAUGCUACCUCAGAUUAG